ACAUGACAGGUUUCAGAGACCAUUAUGGGUUUGGGCUGUGGUUUCCUGUCCAUUCACUUAUAAAAGUAAGUCAGAUAUGAAUACAAUAAGAACUUUCUGUGACAUACAUUUUGUCUACUUGUCAUUAAUCCUAGGAAAUAAUUCUACUGCUCAUUGAAGUCUGAAAAUGGAAGGUUUUGUGGUUGAAAUUCCGGAUAUUGAAAUUCAAGAAUUUGAAAUUCCAGGAAUGGAGAUGGCUGAAAUGGAGAUGGCAGAAAUUGAAAUUCUGGAUGUGGAAUUUGAGACUGAGGAUAGGGCUCGCAGAACAAAUAAAAACGCGAACCGCCGAGUCCUGCAACAGGGCAAAGCUCGCCUAGUCAAAGUAAAGGUGAAUGACUACAUACGGUGCUCUGUUUACACCGUCACCUUCUGCAACUUCAUGUUUCUGGGUACAUCUGCACUAAUAUGCUCGUUGAAGGCAAUAAAUCGCAAGAUUAGGAGAGAUGUUGCUGGUGCCAGAAGGUUCGGAUGCUGUGCUCUGACUGCCAAUAUUUUUGCCAUCAUUGGGACGAUCAUCUGCAUCAUUAUUUUUGCAGUUUUCCUUGGCAUUAUCAGAUAGCCGUUAUUCGAUCUUAUUGAUAACUUUUAAUAUUUUUAAAUUCAUCCAGCACAAUAAAACACACCAGCAAAUAAGAGUAGUGCAGCGGCAGAGUAUAUUGUUGUGAAUAUUAUUAAAUCAUUUUGCUGUUGAAUUAUUAAUUACUGUACAUUAACCGUACUAUUACAUUAUACUGCAAUGCCUGUUCUAAGCGGUAAUGUCUGAAUUAUGAAAAUAAGUCCUUCCAAACACUCUUGUUGUGAGAUAAGACUCCAGAGAAGCAGUACAAAGUUAAAGUAACAUUAGGUGUGCAUUAUUGCAUAUGUCAAUGUUAUUUUUUCAGAGAACAGAAAACAAUUAUUUAAAUAGUAAAAAAACAAUUAUAAAUUGU